AUGAAGAAGGACACGAAAAAGGAGGGCGCCCCCGUCGUCGUGCCCGCGCCAGGGAACCCGCUCAAGGAUGGUCUCAUCGAUUUCGCCGCUGGGACUAUGGGCGGAAUUGCAAACGUGUACGCCGGGCAGCCGCUCGACACAGUCAAGGUGAAGAUCCAGACGUUCCCCCACCUCUACGCCAAUUGGGUCGUCUGCCUGAAGGAGACGUGGGGCGUCAGCGGACUGCGCGGCCUUUACGCAGGAACGGUCCCCGCCCUAGCGGCAAAUAUCGCCGAAAAUGCCGUACUCUUUGCUGCUUAUGGAUAUUGCCAAAAGGCGAUCGGCUCGCUGUUCGGCCACCCGGACCCGAAAGCCAUGUCACCACUCGAAAACGCGGCAUCCGGCUCGUUUGCCGCCUGCUUUGCGGCCACGGUGCUCUGCCCGACCGAGUUGGUCAAGUGCAAACUACAGGCGGCCCGCGAGCUCAACCCGACCAAGAAGUUCACCCCCUACUCGGUGUGCCGGCAAAUAUUGAAGCGCGAGGGCCCGCGCGGCUUCUUCACCGGGAUGACGCCGACGUUGGCGCGAGAGGUGCCCGGCUACUUUUUCUUCUUUGGCGUCUACGAGACGUGCCGAUACAUGCUGACGCCAGUCGGGAAGACGAAGGACGAGAUCGGGCUGUUCAGGACGGCCGUUUCCGGCUCGUUCGGCGGAAUGGCACUGUGGGCCUCGAUCUUCCCGGCCGACGUCGUCAAGUCGCGAAUGCAGGUCGGCGUACGCGGCGGCUUCAAGCACGUCCUCAAGCAGAUACUCAAAGAACAAGGGAUCCGCGGGCUGUACACUGGCCUUCUGCCCACCCUCAUCCGGUCGGCGCUCGCUUCCGGCUGCCUGUUCGUCUGCUACGAGGAGACGUCGCGCGUUCUCCAGGCCCUCUGCAAA